UCGACAUUCCAAUUACUACUAGCUCUUUCAGUUUGCUUUGCUACUUAGGAACUCUGCUGGCUUCGUCCGUCCUCAACGACGUUGCAUGAAAAGCUGAGGCUAGGUUGUUUUACAGCAACAAUAUUCACAUUUAACUUUUAGAAAAAGCAAUUUGGAAUUAAAAUGAGUUAUCCACCACCUGGACCUGGAGGUUAUGGUUAUCCUGGGCAAGGCUAUCCACCUGGAGGUGGGGCUUAUCCACCAGGUGGAGGUGGGGCUUAUCCACCAGGUGGUGCCUAUCCACCACAAGGCGGUGCAGCUUAUCCUCCUGGAGGAGCUGCGUACCCACCACAGCCAGGUUAUGGAGCAGGUCCACCCCCAUCAAGUGGACCGCCACCACCACCAGGUCAAAGCUGGGGUGGCUAUCCAGGAGGAGUAGUUCCACCCCCUCAAUCUGUUCCCGGUUUCACUGCUCCUGCACCAGGAGGCUACCCCCCACAGCCUGGAUAUGGCCAGCCACCAGCUCCAGGAUACGGGCAGCCCCCAGCAUAUGGCCAGCCCCCUCCAGCCGGUUAUGGAGCUCCUCCAGCAGCUGGCUACCCUCAACCAGGAUACGGGCAACAACCACCUGCCCAAGGGUAUGGACAACCACCACCACAACAGGGGUAUGGACAGCAGAUGCCACCUGCUCCAGCUAAUGUAUACAGCCAGCCGCCGGUCCAACAGCCAGCCCCAGCGGCCUAUCAACAGCCUCCUGCAGACAACCCAAGACCUCAGGCUCCAGCUCCAGUCACUGAGCCUGUGCAUAAGCAAAUGGAGAAGCUUUCCAUGGGAGAACAACCCUUCCAAUCUCAUGGCACAGUAAGGCCAGCUCAUCCAUUUGAUGCAGAGAAAGAUUGUGAUUUGAUGCGUAAGGCUAUGAGAGGAGCAGGUACUGAUGAGCAGGCCCUUAUUAACUUGAUUGUAUCCCGGAGCAAUGACCAACGGCAACAAAUUAAGCUGUACUAUAAGACCAUGUAUGGCAAGGAUCUUAUCAAGGAUCUUAAGUCAGAAUUAAGUGGUAAUCUGGAAGAAACCAUGCUAGGAUUGUUUAUGGCUCCAGCAUACUAUGAUGCCUAUAACCUGCGAAGAUCUAUGAAAGGUGCUGGGACUGAUGAACAGACACUGAUUGAAAUACUUUGUACUAGAACAAAUGAACAGAUAAGAAACAUCAAAACAGAAUACAAAACUAUGUACAAGAGAAAUCUUGAAAAGGAUUGUGUUAGUGAGACCAGCGGCCACUUUAAGCGUCUGCUUGUGUCGAUGUGUCAGGCAAAUCGUGAUGAAACCAAUACAGUUGACAUGGAGAAAGCAAAGAAAGAGGCCAAUGACUUGUACCAGGCGGGUGAGAAGAAGUGGGGAACAGAUGAGUCGCGCUUCAAUGUUAUCUUGGCCACGCGUAACUUUGCACAGCUACGCGCUACCUUCAAUGAAUACACAAAGAUUUCUCAGCGGGAUAUUUUGAACUCAAUUGAUAGGGAGAUGUCUGGGGAUAUUCGAGAUGGCUUCAAAGCAAUAGUUCAGUGUGUUAAAAGUCGACCAGCUUUCUUUGCUGACCGUUUGUACAAGUCAAUGAAAGGCGCUGGAACAGACGACAGUACCCUCAUCAGGAUUGUGAUCAGCCGUUCUGAGAUUGAUCUUGUCGAGGUGAAAGCAGCAUUCCUUCAAAAGUAUCAUAAGACCUUAUUCAAGUUCAUCGAGGGUGAUUGCAGCGGUGACUAUCGCAAACUACUACAGGCAAUCGUGGGGAUGAACUAGUCGUCCAAAGGCGCUCAGAUUUACUUGGACACCAACGUUGUGCUAGUGUACUAUUGACACUUUACUGCAUCCAGAACCAACUGUCCAUUGUCCAGAAAAAAAAAACUUGAUUGUAAUUUUUUACAAUUUAGUUGUUCACUUAGCAAUUAUGAGUGUCAUAAUAAUGAGUAAUUGUGUUUCUUUUACAUUUGUAUCAAGUAUAAAAUUAUAUCUAUACAUAUUUUAAUAGUAUUACUAUGGAUGGUUUAUAGCUUUCAUUUUUACAUUUUUGCAGAAUGUUUCAAAUAUAUAUGUCCAAAUUUUAUUGUCAAAAUCCAAUUAAUUCUUAAUAAUACUCUUAAAAUAAAUUUUAUUUUGUAUAUUUAUUUUUAUUUUAAAUAACAUAUGUUAAUUCUUUUUAUUCUGUUGGUAUAUUUAUUGGUAUAGUCCGAUUGAAACACUUAGUUCUACUAAUAUUUCCUGUUUCACAAAUCUGGGUAUUGUGAAUAUUGGUGAUAGCUGCCAUAUAUAGACAAUAAUGCUUUAAUGUUUGUAAAAUCAUGUAGUUUAUUAUGAUAAAAAUAUAUAAAAAUUCAUAUUGAUAUAGAUAUUAUAGAAAUACAUAGCUAACAGUACAGUGUGUGCAAUUUAUAAUUCUAAUAAUGUGACAUAGGUUCUUAUCUUGAUGGAAUUGAUGGAAUAUAAUUAAUUUAUCAUUGUUUGGACUGCUAUUGUUAGUAUAAAUUUAUUUGAAUCUUAAACAUCGAUUGAAAAAAUCGCAUAAGAAAGAGACUUUAUUAAUUGCUUAAUUAAUCCAAUCUUAAUGACUACUUUUCUGUAUGGUGUUUUCAGAUGCUGUUCAUACCUUUGACUAAAAUAAUUUAAUUUUGGGCCAUUUUUAAAAAUUAAUAAAGAUAAUAGAAUUGUACUGCUUAUAAAUGAAGACAAUGGUUAAUGGUCAUUAUCACAUAUUUCAUUGAAGUUCAAAUAUUCUUUACAAACAUUUUUAGGAAAUUUCAUUUUAUGGUACUAAUACGAACAACAAUUUUCAUAUUUAUUUUUAUGAGUCUACCAAAACAAAAGAAUUAUAUGUAAAUUUAAGAUGGAAUGAAUUUCAACCGAAAGGUCCACUGAUUAAUCUCAGAUUAGAUAGUAUGAUACAUACUCUAAGUAUCGAAAUGCACACCAUCAUGUUGGGAUUUAAUAUUUUUGACAUUAAUUCCUGAUGAUGACAAUUGAAUGAAUUUCAGUUUUAAACAAAUCAAAAUUUCACCCAACUGGAAAUGCUUGAAGCAAGGUAGUAUAAAUCACCUCGUAUCAAACUAUAUACACCACUGUUGGAACAAAAACAAAAAAACAAAAGCCUAAUGAAAUAAAAUGCCUGUUUAUUGGGUUGACUUUGAGAGUAUAGUAA